AUGGACAACAUACCCAGCCCCCACUUCGUGUCCGGGGAUAUAACAUCUGAUGUAACUGUGCUGAAGGGCUCAGUGCCCUUGUGUUGGCCCAUCGACGUAGAGGCACUGCUGGACUUGUGCACGCAAGCUCCAUGCGGGCGGGGCCAGGAGACGGUCAUGGAUCUUAACGUGCGCAGCGUCAUGGAAACUGCGGAGGUUGUCGUCGAGUGGCCCGACCUGCCAGAAGUCUUAAACAAGGUAGAAACAGAGCUGCUGCCUGACACUAUCCUCCGUGCAGAAUUUGACAAGCUUCUGAUAUACAGACCAGGCGAUUUUUUCAAGGGCCACAGGGACUCAAAGCGCUCGGAUAAUCAUGUGGCUACACUCAUAGCCAUCGCCGGCUGCCCUCACCGAGGCGGAGCGGUAGUCUUCCAAGAGGCAGACGCUGAGGUUGCAAUUUGGGACGGUGGUUGUGGAUCCUGGUGCUGUUGGCUGACAUCCAGCAAGCACGAGAUACGGCCUAUCCUGGAAGGACAUCGAAUCGUUGCAACCUACAAGGUGUUUGCUGAGCCGCGCUCGACGACUCGUGGGGACCAGAAUGCGACUGCCCUUGCCGGCAGGCUGCGUGAAUGCAUUCCAGCGCUGGAGACAGUGCUACAGGAAAAGCACUUGCGUGAUGUCGGGUUCCUACUCCAUCACGAGUACAGCUUCGACGGUAGACCGCAGCUGGACUUUUGGAGACUUGUUGGCCGCGACAGGGCUUUGUGGUUGGCCCUGGAAUCUCUUGGCCUGGAGCUCCAGGUUCGUGAAGUGAAGCUCCUGCACGAGUUCUAUCCGGAGAAUUAUGAUACAGGCGAAGCCGUGCCGGUGCAUCUGCGAUGCCGCGUGGCAGAGGCCGUGACCAAGCUCACUAUCGACUAUGGACCCUGGGAGUGGCUUUUGUCGGACCCUGAGGCGGACGUCUGGGGCGAUGCUGAGACGAGAGUCCAACUAACCAAGGAGGCGGCUUCUUUGUUUGGCGUCAAAGAGCUGCGAGCUGGUGAUGCCCUGGACGUGCUGCAGCGCUUUCCUGGAACUGACUGGGACGAUCCUGACAUUGGCUUCUGGCCUGUGAUGGGCUGCCUCUGGUGCAUCUCGCGCGACAGGCUGCUGCAGAGGUUUAGGACCAGCGAUCCCGAUGGUGUCGAGGAGGAGCUCUGGGGCAAUGCAGGCACCUUCAGCAUCUACUGGUACAAGGCGGCUGUGCUCGUGGCUCGGAUUCGUGCCGACGACUCCUUGCGUUGCGACAGCGACAUCGACUUGGGCGGUAUUCAUCUUACCAUUCUACUUUGCACUUCGACUUCUUUGCAGGUGCGUGCCCUCCGUGGAAUCGCCGAGCUCCCUGCCACGGCGCCGGUUUGCCCGCCGCUCUCCACGCCUGUGGAAGCCAUAGGAAUGUCGAAAGUGACAGAUGGCUUUUCUCCGAUGGAUCGAAAACCGGCGCAACACUACCAGGAAAAAAGCCAAAGUCAAAGGAGCUGCGAUGGAAGCUCGGAAUUGGUUCUAACGGUGGUAAAAGAAGAUGGCCACAUCGAAACGCCGGAGGGUCGUAAGCUUUGCUUCGACAAGAAUGGCAAGGGAUCCGUGGAAACAUGGAACAACCCCCAUUGGGGAAGUGAGAAGUGGGAGUUAAAGGAGAAGGACGGCGGUGUGUGGAUCCUGAACCUCACAACCAAGAAGAGGAUCUUCGCACGGAAGAACGAGAAAAACGAGUUCGGAGGUUCGGAUUGGGGAGGCGACAAAGGGGCCAAGGACCAGGUUUGGGAGAUGGUCAAGCUCGAUGCGAAGGCGAAGGAGCCCGAGAACGACGAUCAGGAGAUCCCCUGGGAUGAGAUCGCAGCGAAGGCCAAGGCCACCGGCGUGUCCAUGAAGGAGGCACCGGCCUCGGACUGA